ACGGACGGACGACGACGAAUGAUGACGAGUUAUGUGGACGGAUGGGCCCCGAUUCGUUUCGGAAGUUCCUUUGUAUCCCCCGCCUCAAGCAAGUGUGUGCAGUUUGUUCGUGGUGUUGCGGAAGGCAACGAUGGCAGGCUACGUUCAAUCAGGGGAAGUUCGUGCCAGAAGAUCACCAUGGAGAUUGAGUAUCAUUCCUGAAAUGUUUUCUGCUCUCAUCGCUCUCAUAAUAUCUUUUUUCAGCACCAUGUUCUCGUUGGACGCGCACCGAUCCUACGGUAAAAGACCGGCUAGCGGGGGAAAUUCCUUCGGCGGUGGUUCUGGACCGGGAGGCCCUGGAGGAUCUGGUGGAGGUGGAGGAUAUGGUCCACGAAGACCCCGUGGCUUGGAUUCCGUUCGCGGUGUUGAUCACAGUGCGCCUAGUCCUUGCGGGUCUUGCUGUGCAGGAUAAUUUUUCAAACACACACACACAAAGAAGAAACAUCCGUGAUAAUUAAAAGCCCUAAGAAAACAGACUAUCUGUUGUUCUGAUACCCAGUUUCUUUAGCCUGUUAAUUACAAUCAGUUAGUAUAUUUUGGUAGGGUUUUAUAUCAUUAGAUUUGAAGCCCUCGGAUGCGUUGCUGCAGGAUUCGUCUUGGCGGACCCUGCUGGUUUAUACGUAUUUCCCUUGAUUAUGCAUCUGUAACUACAUAUAGUUUUGUGCAUGCUACGCCCAUUUUGCUUCGGCAUAAGAACAUUCAUGCUUUUCUCCCCUCCAGCAAUGGCAAUGAAUGUCUCUGCAUUAAGUUGAA